AUGAAUCAAAUCAUUGUCCUCGUCGGCUUGACCGCUGUGGUCGGAAUCUACCUUGCAACCCUGUACGGUAAGAAAGGUUCCUCAAAAUACAGACUACCACCUCUGGUACCGGGGAUUCCAAUAUUUGGAAAUGCUUUGCAGGUUCCUCCAACCCAGCAAGGGCCAUGGGCAAAGGAGCUGGCCGAGAAGUAUGGAGAGAUGUUCACCGUCAAGUUUGGUGGUGCUACCUGGGUAUUUCUGAAUUCCUCACGAGUGGUGACUGACCUGAUGGAAAAACGUGCUGCAAUCUACUCUUCUCGACCACCAGCCCCAAUGACUCAAGACAUCAUGUCGGGCGGCGGUCGUAUGGUCUUGAUGCCUUACGGUGAGAGAUGGAGGAAGACGCGGAAAGUCAUGCACCAAAUUCUGAGCACGCGACAAAAAGACACAUUUUCAAAGUUCCAGGAUCUUGAGUCCAAACAUCUCCUUUACGACUAUCUGCACAAUCCCGAUCGUUGGUUUUCUGCCAACGGAAGAUAUUCGAACUCGAUCAUCAUGAGCGUUGUUUUCGGGAUUCGUUCGAAGCUUGAUGAUCCAGAAGUCACCAAACUCUUUGAAACUGCCGAGAUGUUCCUGGAACAGCAGCAGCCGGGUGCAAAUGUCGUUGACGGGUUUCCUAUCCUGGCUCGACUUCCCAAAGCUUUGCAGUGGUGGAGGCCAAAAGGAGAGCGGAUGGUAUACAAAUAUCAGCUUGACAAAUUGAAGGAGCGCAUAGAGAAGGGCGAACAGCGCGAGUGCUUUGCCGCGGACUUUAUCAGGUUCAACGACGACAACUACUUUGAUGAAACUUCACAGCUCUUCGUUUUAGGGACCUUGAUGGAAGCAGGCAGCGACACGACUCGAGUUUCCAUAUACGAUAUGAUUGCCGGGGCCGCGACGUAUCCGGACUGGGUAGACCGAGCAAGAGCACAGCUUGACAGGGUAUGUGGCGCCAAUGCAGAGAGACUUCCGGGAUGGUCUGACAGGGAGGAUUUGCCCUACAUCACCGCUGUGGUCAAGGAGAUUUUCCGUUGGCGACCAAAUCUUGCCGAGAUCGGUGCCCCAACAUCACUUACACAGGAUGACGAAUAUGAGGGCUACAGAUUUCCAAAAGGGACGGUGUUCGUGUGGAAUGCCUGGGCUAUCGCUUUAGAUCCGAGGGAGUAUGAAGAGCCGGAGCGCUUUUACCCUGAGCGGUUCCUGAACGAUGACCUCAACAACCCCCUGAAGGGCCAUUGGGGAUUUGGACCAGGACGCCGUGUAUGUGUGGGAUGGAAUGUGGGCGAAAGUAAUGUCUGGAUCGCAGUGGCGAGGCUGCUGUACUGCUUCAAUUUCAUUGAGGACAAGGCUCAUCCUAUCGACACGAUGCGUAUUCCUCAGAUUGCGAAAGGAAUAGCCCCAUUCCAAGUCAAGAUUGAAGUCCGGAGUUCCGCCCAUGCAGCUUUGAUCGAACGCGACUGUCUUGACGCAGUGAACGCUCCAUAG